AUGCCAGUAGUUAAUGGGGCACAUGUGAUAUCUAUGAAUAAUUACACUAUCGUAAGUGAUGGUUAUGGAGAAAAAGGAAUAAAAAAAACUUAUGAAGAUGAGUUUUUUAUUUGUGAAAAUUUGAAUGUCUAUAACAAAAACUUACACCCUAAUUUUAAUUUUUCUUGUUUUUGUCUUAUUGAUGGCCAUAAUGGGAAGAAUACUGCAAAUUUUUUAAAAAAAAAUUUAGCCCAAGAAUUGUCAAAUAGUUUUACAAAAAUUCAAGAAACAUAUGAUGACAUACUUCCAAUACCUGACCACUUUAUAAGAAUUGGUGUUAAUAGUGCCUGUAAAAAAAUCGAUGAAAAUUUAUCUUUAGAGUACCCAGGGUGUAAAGAUGGAGCAACAUGCGUUAUUAUUCUUAUAAAGAACGAUUUUGCAUAUAUAGCUAAUAUAGGGGAUUCCUUUGCGUAUUUAUGUAGAUAUUUAAAUAAUGCACAUAGAGCUAUUGAUCUUGUGGAUAUUCACAAACCAUGGGUUUUAUCAGAAAAGGAAAGAAUAAUAAAGCAUGGUGGAACGAUAGAGAACGGAAGAAUAAAUGAUAUAAUCGACGUAACACGAGCUUUUGGUGAUUUUCCGCUGAAGAAAUAUGGGUUAUUAUGCAGAGGAACAUUUAAAAAGUUUCAAAUAACCUCGGAUGAUAAUUUUAUACUUUUAGGUACAGACGGUUUUUUCAGUUUCGUUGACAUUAACCAUGUAACAAAUGAAAUUGUGGCCUUGUCAAAAAAGGAAGAGAGACUAGUAAAUGUGGAAAAGAAGAAAACAGUUUUCGAUGCAAAAGCCAUAUGUAAAAAUAUGGUUGAGCAUGCUAUUAUAGACAAAAAAUCACAGGACAAUGUUACAGUUAUUUUAAUAAAAUUUUUACAUACAUUAAAAUAG